AUGGGAAACACCAGUGUUAGAGGAGGAAUGCAUAUACAGAUUGAAAAUAGGUGCCUUCAGCCAGGCUCAGAAGUGAUCGGAGCAAUAAAUGUCAUGCUUCAAGAGCCUUUGCCUCCAUGCACUCUUAUUCUUCAACUAAAAGGAAUUGAGAAAACACAUUGGGAAGAAAGUCGUUCAAGAAGUGUUUCAGAUGGUAAAGGCGGCACAAGAAGUGAGUCUUACACCGAAUACUUUGACGGCAAGCACAAGGUCAUCAACUUCAAAUUCCCCAUUUACCAAUGAAAUACAUAUAUUCCCCAAGGAUGCUUCACCCUUCCGUUUAGCUUUAGGCUGCCUGAUACGCUGCCAGGCUCUUUUUCAUAUCACAAAGGAAGCACUCGUGCAAGCAUUGAGUAUAAAAUCAAAUCGAGAUUUAUGUUACAAGACGGCAAAAAACUUAAAGAUAAAGCAGAAAUUUUCAUUUACGAAAAAAUCCAAGCUUUUACUACUAACAUCCUAUUAGAAAAAAACAGCCACAUUGUUUGCUGUUGCUGCUGUGAUAAAGGAACAUGCUUUAUUAGAUCAAAGUUCAGCCAAGACGCAUAUACUCCUGAUCAAGUUGCAAGUGCUAUAAUUGAAGCAGACAAUACAAAUGGGAAACUUAAUAUAGAGCAUUUAGCCUGCACUUUAUGAAGAAGUAUUAGGCUUAAGGCUAGAUCUUCCACUCACUUUGUCAAAGAAAAGAUUAUUGAGAGCAGAGCGAGAGGACUUGCAGUGGGAGAAAAACUGUCUGACUCCCAUGGAAUAUUUUUAAAUCUGGACUUGCCUACAGUACGCCAUUUAAUUGACAAUAAUUAUUCAACAAGAGGCUCAAUCAUUGAAUGCAUGUAUUCCCUUGAUUCUCAUGCGAUUCUUGACGGGUGCUGCCUCUGUGGAGGGGAUAAUCCUUCAUUAGAAAUGCCUAUGGUGAUAUAUGCCAUGUAUGCACCACCUCCAAGAUAUGUUGAACCUCCUCCAGGCUGGCAGCCUCAGGUAUUCGAGCAAGUGAGAUUUGAAUAUAAUCAAGCAUAUGAUAUUCGAACAGAUUAA